AUGGCAGCAGCACCUCGACCCACGCUCCUCACAGCUCUGCCGUGCGAGGUCCUGCAGAGCGUCAUCGCCCGCCUCCCGGACCCCGCCAGCUUUGCCAGCGCCAGCAGCGACAGCCUGCAGCUGUGCCGCAGGUUUGAUGUCGCUUGGUUCCGGGCUCAGCACUCGGCUCAGGCGCCCGGGCGGCCGUGGCAGUAUGCAGCGGUGACGUGGCAAAGACUGAAGCAGCAGACAGCGGAGGGCAUGGCGAUGUGGAUGCUGCGCUAUGCCCGAUGUUGGCAGCAGCAACAGCAGCAGAUGCAGGAGCAGGAGCAGGAGCAGGAGCAGCAGUAUCUGCAGGAGCAGGAGCAGGAGCAGCGUGGUGCAGCAGCAGAUCUUGCGAUUGCAGAGCGCCUGCUGGUGGACGGCGACACAGUGGGCGCGUUGCUGGCGCUGUGCGGGCCCAAGGCCCCCCUGCUGCUCCUGCCCUAUGCAGCUCAGGCAGGCGUCGCGGCGCUGCUGCAGCCGCUGGCCCUGCGCCGCCUGCUGUGCCGAGCCGCCGGCUUUGAUCUGGGCGGCGGCGCACGGCCCGUGCCUCAGCGGGCCCAGGUCGUGGCGACAGCCAAGUCGGCCCUGCUGGCCGGCCGCUCAAGCAGCGCAAUCGUGGAGCAGCGCACCAAGGACCUCGUGCGGGGCGGCAUGAGCGAGCCGAACGCCCGCCACGAGGCAACGGUCGCGGCGGGCUGGGAAGCCGCCGCGCAUCUGUGCCUGUCGGGCGCGAUGUUGGGCCCGCGGCCGGCGCUCUGCGAGCCGGGGGUGCAGGAGCAGCUGCUGCUGAGUGCCACACAGCAUGCCGACUACCGCGUAUCGCGGGUGGCGGAGCUCAUUGCCUCCGCAGCGACACUGGCAGCAACGCUGUCUGACGUGCAGCUGCAGUGCCAGGUGCUGCGCGGGGCGUGCUUCGCGCUGACCAUGGCUGGCGAGUGCUGCAACCUCCCCCAGGCGCUGGCGGACGCCGUCUGCCUCCUCGCGGGUGAUGACGACGCCGGGCGCGACGGCUGGGGCAACCCUCUCUCUUGGGAAUACAUCCUCCCGCCGCUGGCGCCCGCAGCGCUGUUUGCUGCUCUUGACGAGAUCUUGGCGGAGGCGCACGGGCGGGGCAUGGGGGAGGAAGUCCUGCAGGCAGUGGCCGCGACCCUGGACCCGCCGCUCAAGGCCGCCUCGCAGCACAUGGCGUUGUCGACGGCCGGCCGCGCCUGGCUGGUGCCCCGCCUGACUCGCGCCGGCCUGCGGCUGGGGGCGCACUGCGCCCGCCCCGCGCCGGGCGCGCUGCACAGGCAGCUGGCGGGAUGCUGGUUCGGCCUGGGUGCAGCGGGGGGCGAGGAAGAGGUGGAGGACGUGGCGCAUGCUUACUUUGCCGCCGAGCACGAGCAGUUUGGCUGGGGCACGCAGGACGUGCAGGCUCAGCGGCUGCAGCUGGCUGUGAUGCGCGCGGUGCGGCGAGGCACCGCGCUGGACGUGGAGCGCACGCUCAGCGAGCAAUGGGCUGUGCAGAGCCAGGCCCUGGCCAAACUGCAGGCGACGGCGCUGGCGGCGCUUGGCGACGCGGCGGCCGUGAUCACCAGCCCCCCAUUCAAGGCCUGGGCGGACGGGCUGACGCUGGUGAAGGAUUAUAUUAACUAUGCGGCGGCAAGCGCAGCCGAGGCAGGGCACUUCCAGCACAUGCUGGCAGUGCUCGACGGCCCGCAGGCGCGGCACCUUGCGAAUUGCAACGAUUUCGCGCCCCUGGACGCGCGGGGCUGGAUCGAGGGGCGGGCGAGCCCCGCCCUGAGUGGCAUGCUCGGCGCCAUCCACAGCGGCACCCUGGAGGGCGUGUCAUGGCGGAGCCUGGGGGUGACGGCCCAUGACCUCUCCACCUGGGUAAUGCUGGUCCGGCAACGCGGGGGCAUGGCGUGGACCGACAGUCUGCACGCACUGCUCGGUGGCCGUGUGUGCGGCGGCGCCCGCGUGCGGCCGCCGGCCGAGGGUGGGGACGCCUUUGCGGCGCUGCGCCGGUUCCUCUCUUUGUGGCCUGACAACGGCUGGGCGCUCGACGUCAUGCUCAGCACAUGUGGGGACGAGGCGUCCUUCUCUCAACGGCUGGAGGACGGGGCGCUCAUGGCCUGGCUAGAGGCCGAGGGCCACCCGCGCGCGUGGGCGGGAUAUGUGUCGGGUGAGGUCGCAGGCCGCCUGCUGAGCUGCGCGGGCGGCGCGGACGCCCUGCGGGCGGCGGCUAGCUGGCUGGCAGUUGCAGAUUGGGACGAUUGA